AGGCUCGUUCAUUGUGCACCGCUCGCGCACGUUUCUGUCCUAUUACCGUCAUUGUUCCUGUUUUUUCUCUUUUCUGGAAAAAUCGUGGUUUUAACCCCGAUUAACUGUUGUCAAGUAUAAUAAAACGAAAGAACCGCUAUCACAAUGUUCGGACUGGGCGCAGCACCAAUUGUGGUUCUGAGCCAAAACACGAAGCGGGAGAGCGGCAGGAAGGUGCAGAGGGAGAAUAUUCACGCGGGCAAGGCGAUCGCUGAUGUUAUCAGAACGUGUCUAGGUCCACAGGCUAUGCUCAAGAUGCUCAUGGAUCCGAUGGGCGGCAUCGUAAUGACGAACGAUGGAAAUGCGAUCUUGCGUGAGAUUACAGUGCAGCAUCCCGCCGCAAAAUCUAUGAUAGAGAUCGCCAGGACGCAGGACGAGGAGGUGGGGGACGGUACGACGUCAGUGAUUGUCCUGUCGGGAGAGAUCUUGGCGAUGGCCGAGCCAUUCUUGGAGCAAAACAUGCACCCUACUGUCAUCAUAAGGGCAUACCGUCAAGCUCUGGAGGACAUCGUCGUAAUCCUGAACGAGCAGGUGAGCGUCGAGCUCGACUGCACCGACAGGGACAAGUUGCUCCAGGUGAUAAACUCGUGCAUAGGCACGAAAUUCAUCAGACGCUGGUCAGAACUGGCGUGCCAGAUCGCGCUGGAUGCCGUACACACGGUGAUGUUUGAAGAGAACGGCAGACGAGAGAUCGACAUCAAGCGCUACGCCAAGGUGGAGAAGAUUCCGGGCGGCACGAUCGAAGAUAGCGCUGUCCUGAAGGGUGUGAUGAUCAACAAGGAUGUGACACACCCGAAGAUGCGACGUUACAUCAAGGAUCCGAGAAUAGUGCUGCUCGACUGUCCAUUAGAGUACAAAAAGGGCGAGUCGCAAACGAACGUCGAGAUUAUGAAGGACACCGACUUCACCAAGAUCCUGGAACUGGAGGAAGAGCACGUGAAGAAGAUCUGCGACGACGUUAUUUCGGUGAAACCGGACGUCGUGAUCACGGAGAAGGGUAUAUCCGAUCUGGCGCAGCACUACCUCGUCAAGGCGGGCAUCUCUGCAAUCCGCAGGCUGCGUAAGAGCGACAUCAACAGGAUCGCGCGUGCCUGCGGUGCGACCGUCGUCAAUCGCACGGAGGAGCUGAAGGAAGAGGACGUCGGCACGGGCGCUGGUCUCUUUGAGAUCAAGAAACUCGGUGAUGAUUACUUCUGCUUCAUCACCGAGUGCAAAGAUCCCAAAGCCUGCACCAUUAUCCUGCGAGGCGCCAGCAAAGAUAUCCUGAACGAGACCGAGAGGAACCUGCAGGACGCGCUGCACGUUGCCAGGAACCUCCUCAUCGAUCCUAAACUCGUACCUGGUGGUGGAGCAGUAGAGAUGGCAGUGGCGCGCCUCUUAACGGAGAAGGCAGCGGGUCUCGCCGGCGUCGAGCAGUGGCCGUACAAGGCGAUCGCACAGGCGUUGGAGAUCAUUCCCAGGACGUUGGCGCAGAAUUGCGGCGCGAACACCAUCAGAACCCUGACGGCACUGCGCGCGAAGCACGCGACGGAGGGCACCACUUGGGGCAUCGAUGGGGAGACGGGUAAACUGGUUGAUAUGAAAGAACGCGGCAUCUGGGAGCCGCUGUCCGUCAAGCUGCAGACGUAUAAGACGGCGAUCGAGACCUCGAUCCUGUUGCUGAGAAUCGACGACAUCGUGUCCGGCAGCAAGAAAAAGAGCAGUGGGAACGAAACCGCGCAGCCGAGCCAGGUCACGCAGGAAUCGAUGAAGGAAUGAACGCCGCCUCCUCGAUACCUCAGAGCCUAAACUUAAAGUUUUGCAUCUACGUGUAAGGUUCGAUUACUUUUGCACCAUUGCAUUUACAUCUGCCCUCAAUUUCUAUCUCUUCUCUAUUCAUUUUCACAACAAAGGUACACGAUAAGAUAACACAAUAAAGAUAAAAGAUAACGU